AUGGGCAUAUGUCGGGAGCCUAGAGAAUCAAUUCCUAAAUAUAUCCCUGUUCCUUGGUCCGUGCGAGCUUUGUUUAGAGAACCAUGUGAGCAUGUUGCAGAAGAAGUGGUAAAAGUUCUUACGGAGCUUGCAGAAGCCAUAAAAAACCAUCACCACUGUUCACCCCACAUAUCAGAUCACCUUCAUGAAGCUUUGGAAGAACUUGAUACUUCAAUUAAGACUCAACCACAGCUGCUCCUUACUUCCAAUCCAAUCCAAAAAAUUGAAGCAGGCAAGCCUAUGGAGUUACUUGGAUGGCGGAGCCUGGGGCCAGAAGUGGUUAAGGAUAUAAAUGAGAAGAUCACUAACAGAACAAUGAAUAAGAUUAUGAUCACUUGUCUUGACUUUUCAGAGACACUCGCAAUCGCUGCUUUUAUUUCGCUUCUACUGGAGACAGUGGCAAGGCUUGACCUUGUGAUAGAAGAAGUGGAAGAAUUGGGGAAAAUUGCACAUUUCAAGGAGUUCCAUGAAGAAGAACACAUGGAAAUUGUGGUUAUGAGGGACGAUGCAGAUGCAGGUGAAAUAAAGAAGGAUUCUAAGGAUACCCCAAAACUGCCAAUCAGCAUGGAUACAGAGGCGAAUCUGGACAAGAAUACUAAGGGUACCCCAAAACUGUCGAUCAGCAUGGAAAUGCAGGCCAAUAAGUAAAAGAAGACCACAUUUUCUUCAGAAGAAAGAUGAUUAGGUGAAAGUUGUUUCAUUCCCUUUCAGCAAAACAGCUGAGGCUAGAAAUGCUGGAUGAAUGUCAAUAUGACAUUUUGUUAGCAUUCUUACCCAAAAAAAAAACAUGUAUGUUGUUUCUUACAAGGCAGUUACAUGAUUUGAUCUUUGUAUUGAAUUCUGAUUGGC